AUGUUAGAGGGUCUGGCAGCAUGGAUACUCAAUACAUAUGUUGGAGAGUAUGUAGAAAAUCUAAAUACAGAUCAGUUGUCAAUUGGCUUAUUGCAAGGGGAAGUGGAACUUGAAAAUUUACCUUUGAAAAAAGAUGCUUUAAAGAGCUUGGAACUUCCUGUAGAAGUAGUUGCAGGUUUCAUUGGAAAAGUUAAGCUUCAAAUUCCUGUCAGCAGAUUAAGAAGUGAACCUUGGGUGAUAUUUAUUGAAAGAUUGUUUUUGAUAGCUGGACCAAAAAUAUCAUGCGAAUACAAUGAAGAAGAAGAACAGAAAGCUGCUUUGGAAAAGAAAUUGGCUUAUUUACAAGCAUUGGAAGCCAAAUCAAAUGUAUUUUUGUUUAUUAGAGAAACUUGCUAUACAAAUUGGAUGACUUAUGGAACCUCUUUGAUGGCAAAUGUCAUUGAAAAUGUCCAGCUUAAAGUAAAGGAUGUUCACAUUCGUUAUGAAGAUGAGGUUAGUUGCUCAGAUCACAAAUUUGCUUGUGGCAUAGUCAUUAGAAGCUUAUCAGCUCAAAGCACUGACAGCAGUUGGGCACCAAAGUUUGUUCGGAGAGAUAAUAGUGAUUUUAUGUGGAAACUGCUACAAUUACAAGGAUUGUCAUUGUACUGGGAUACAGAAGCUGACAUUUUAAAUGGAAUGGAGCCUAAAGACAUGAUGGCUGCUAUGAGCAAGCAUCUUGAAACUCAUAUUUUGCUUGGACAUAUGAAAAGUCAUGAUUACAUUCUUUCUCCUGUAAAUGCUGAAGCCCAUUUGACCAGAAAUUGUUCUUUAAAGCCUUUACGUUCAAAGUUUAGUCCACGUAUAAACUGUGAUAUUCAUUUGCAAAAGAUUCCAUUAUCAUUGAGUGAGGUUCAAUAUAGGCAGAUAAUGGGAUGCCUGAAAGAAUUUGAGAUGCUUGAUGUACGAUGGAAGCAUCGUAAGUGGAGACCAAACACGCCUGUUAAAAAUAAUGCCAAAAAAUGGUGGAUAUAUGCAAUAUCUGUUCAUCUGGAACCUAUAAAGCAGCAAAGUAAGUGUUCUACCUGGUCUUUUGCAUAUGAAAGAGCUCAAGACAUUGUUCAAUAUUCAACACUAUAUGAAGAUUAUCUGCAAAAGAAUGGCUUUCUUUCCAUGGAAUCACUGGCUCAAAAGAAAUCUCUAGAGGAAAAGCUAAGUUUUGAACUACUAUGUCUUUUAAGAGAUCUUGUUAUGAAAAAAAUCCAGCGUGAAAACAAUUCUGAGUUGAAUCAUCAAGGAUCAAAGGGAAAAGGAUUCUUACAAUGGAUGUUUCCAUCUUGGGGAGGAUGGUACUCUGAAACCCCAGGCAUUGAAUCAACCGAGGGAGCCAAUGAAACAGAUUCAGGGGAUGCUGGAAGCAAAUCAAAUGUGGAUCAAUUGAAAUCUCACUUAGAAGAAGAAAUCUUGGAUGUUUUAGAUAAUGCUGACAAUGAUUCUCUUUUGAAAAGGGAUACUGUUUUUGCUCAGCUGAACUUCUCCUUAAAUCAAGGCAGCUUUAUACUAUUGCAAAGUGAAUCAAACUCCUCUCCAAAGCAUGAAAAAAGUAAAGCUAAGACAAAAUCAAUAAUUGAGUUGGAAUUUUCUGACGUAUCAACUAAAAUAGAAACCAGGCCAAGAACUGGUUCCUUCCUGUUUGAAAUUAAACUUGGAGCUUUGUAUUUGCAUGAUAAAUUUUUUGAAGACUCUCAUUUCCCUCAUAUUUUAGCACCUCAGAAUAGGGAUGUGAGCUAUUUGUAUACAAAGACAUCAGGAGUCACUAUUUUCCCUCUACCUUCAUUUUUGAACCAGAAAUCUGAAGAAGAGGAUGUUAGUAACCAUCUUUUCGAAAUGGUAUAUGAAAAGAAGCCCUUUGGGAUACAUGCAGAUCAUAAAUUGAACAUUACCACAAGGGCUUUGGAUGUUGUUUAUAAUCCACAGCUUUUAAAAUGCGUAACAGAUUUCUUUUCUUUGCACCAUGGUAAAUGUGCAGCAGAUUUUUCUGUGAGUGAAUUAAAACUUACAGCAGCAGCUCGAGCUAGAUAUGAAGUACUUAAACAGCAAACUAAAGCUGAAUUGCAACAUAAAUGGGAUCAGAUAUUGGAUGGAGAAGAUAAAACAGUUUAUUCUAAAGGAUGGAAUGUGGAAUUGGCUAUAUCAGCACCGCAGAUUAUUGUUCCAGAAGAUAUCCUAGAUAAAAAUUCUUCUGUCGUUGUUUUAGAUUUGGGAAAAGUUCACUUCUUCAAUUCCAGAAAAGAUGAGUUUUCAAGAAGUGGUUCAGUUUCUGAAGAUUUGGAUGAUGAUGAAGACUUUAUCACACCUUGUUCCACCCCUCAAGAACUCUUAGAGCAAAUAGAACAGAAUAACAAAUUAAUGGAAAUGAUCUCAAAACCAAAUGAUCCUCAGAUUCUAAAAGAGCAUAUUUAUGAAAGGUAUACCUUAGAGUUGAGCAAUAUUCAAGUUCUUGUAAGCCGUUUAAAGGAUAAUUGGAAGUUUGCUCAAAUGAGAGGAACAAGCACAAUGCAUAUCCUUGACAGGUUUUCAAUUACUGUACAAACUGAAAGACGUAUGGUUUACACCCAAGAUCCUGAUUGGCCAUGCAUUGCAAUUACUGGAAAUCUACCUAAACUCAUUGUACAUAUUAGUGAACAAAAGGUUAAUGCAUUGCAAACAUGUGUUGAUGUUUUUAACUCUCCAAUUCUAUCAAGUUCUAAUGAGCAGAUGUCAGCAUUUUCUUCAAACAAAGGUUCUGAUGAAUUUUGUGAUCAUUCAAAUGAAAAAUUGAUAAAAGGGAAAAGCUUUUCAAAGCAGAUGUCUGACCCAAACGAAGAAAGCAAUGAGAGUUCUCUUUUGUUACUCAUGGAAUUUUGUGUGGAUCAGUUGUCUUUCGAUGUUCAAAGCCGAGGUCGAAGUGUUGCUGAGCUACAGGUUACUGGUGUGAAGACAACUUAUGCAAAACAUCCUCAUAGCACUUCUCUUACCCUGUGUGUUCAUAGCUUAUUAUUAGUUGAUGCACUGCAGACAUAUGGCUCAGAUUUUGAACUUCUCUUGGCAUCUCACAAGCAUUUAAGCAUGGAUAGUACUAGUGGCAGUUUACGAGAUAGUGAUCCUAAUUCUCCAGCAUCACCUGCAAGCCCUAAUCCCGUUAGUUCACCACUUAUGGUUUCUUCGAUUCCUUCUCCUCCAUCCAUAUUAUCGGCAGCUUUAACUACUCUUCAAAAUUCUGCCAAGAAAGUCAAUACAUCUACAAAGUGGUCGUCUUCAUUGCAUGUUCCAAAAACAGAUCAUUUCGUUUCUGAUGCGCUUAUUAUUAUUGAAUUCAAUUGGAUAGAAUGUCCAUCAUCUGAGCAGGGCUUUACUGAAGUGUUGAGAAUUGCAAAUGUGCAAUUUAAUAAUCUUGAUGUUAUUGCAAAUCAAGAAACAAUUGUAGAACUUGUUGAUUUCGUCAAAAGAAUUGCAAUACAAAGAAACAAAACUAUGAAUGGAAAAGUUUCAAGUCCUGAUAACUCAAACCAAUUCAUAACUAAGCAAGCCAUAUGCAGAACAGAAAUAACAUUUGAUUUUUAUCGUUUGAAUAUUCUUUUGCUGAGAGCUCUAAGUCAAAAAGAUGGUUUAGUUGGCCGUAAAGUUGCUACUGCAACAAUAACAGGAGCAAGGAUUCAAGCUACUGUAGGAAAAAUAAUUGAAAUUCAAGGCGUACUUGGAGGGCUUCAAGUUUUGGAUUUGAUUACUGAAAAUACUAAGCACCAAAAAAUAAUCAGCAUUGGGUAUGAUCCACUGACCGAGCAUCAUCUUGACUUACUGAGUCACCUUCAAGAAGAAAUGUACAGGCCUUUAACUUACUCUCUAAUUUCUGAGCCUCAGUAUGCUUUAACAUUUAUUGUCACCAGAGGGGACAAAUUUGAACUAGCUUCUCCUAAUCCUCAAUCACUACAGCGUACAGUGUCAAGCAGUAGUUCUUUGUUCAAGCAACAAGGCUACCUCAAUAUUAACAUACGCAUGGCUUCUCUGUGUUACACACAUUCACCCAGACUUUUAUACGAGCUCUCCUCGUGUGCUACAGAAUUCAAAGCAUACAUGAGUUCUUUAGCCAAUUCCAUCAAGAGUGCAUGCACUGAAGUUGCAAUUGGGAUUGUUUCAAAAAGAACUGGUUCAAUUAGUGCUACACUUCACGGCAAUCAGCAAGAUAUCAGAUUGUUGUCGGAAAGUGUGGAUGAGUUAGCUGAAGAUCAAGUUUUCUCAUUAGAUGCUGCAGAUGAUGUGUCUUUAGACAUGAAACUGGAUGUUUUGCUGCAGACUCCUGUUGUUGCAUUUCCGUCAUCAUCGCAAAGCUCGGACGUUCUAGUGGCCCAUUUGGGUCGUAUAACUAUUAAAAAUGGAGUCUCUGGGUUUUUGAAUCAAUCUAAAUUUUCUGCAGAUCUGGAUAACUACGAUAAAAAUAACACUCUGUUGAUAGAAAUUCGUGACAUGAACAUGCAUUUUGUGAAUAUAGAACGGAAAGCCAAGACAUUUUCUAAUGCCUCGAAACUGGACAAUAUUGCUUUACCAAAUUUAUCCAUUAAAGAUUUAUAUGCAUGUGAAGAUAAAAGUCAACUUAUUAUUCAUGAUACUAUCAUAGAAGUGGUUGCUAUUUCUAGAAAAAAUGAAAUUGCUUCAGAAGUUACAUAUCUGAUCACCGAAGAGAGUACAGGGAUACACUAUGAGCAAAAGAAUUCUGGUUACAAUCAAGUUGAAAUUAAAGGAUGUGUAGUUAACCCCCUAAAAGUAGUUUUAUCUAAGUUGCAGUUUCAGCAGAUGUUAAAAGUACUUGAUAAUUUAACUUAUUUGACAGAUUUGCCGACGUCUGAUAAAACAGUAUUUAGUUCUUCUAAAGGUCGCUUGGAGUCCAUUGAUGAGGCACCAACAUACAGUGAAAUUACCACAUCUGCACCAAAUGCCUAUGCUUUGAAUAAUUCCUUUAAAAUUUCAUUUGAGUUGCCUGAAUUAAUUACUGAGCUGAGAGGUGAUCUGACUGCACGUGAAGAAGGAAUUGUAAGUUUAAUAUUUCAACAGUUCAUCUUGGAGUAUCGAAUGGAAGAGGCAUUCGAAGCAACUCUUCAGGUCACACUUCAGACUCUUUUGAUGGAAGAUUUGAGGAACACGACUGAUACUAAUCAUUGUUAUUUGAUGAGCUCUGUGAAUCAAAAUAAACCAAUUGCUUAUACAAGACCUCCAAAGUCUGACUAUAUUUCAACUUCAUGCCCUAGUUUGACUGAAACAAAUUCUAAAUUUUAUGAAACAAUUUCCAUGUCUUUGCCUGACAAACUGUGCACACAGAACAUGUUCUGUUUACAGAAGUCUAGAAAAAUAUCGGGAAGCUACGGAUAUCAGAAGAUGAAGUCAAAAUCAGAAGAAAGUUAUCCUAAUACUCCUCCACCUUCCCCUACAGUUCCAAAAGAAUUUCACCCCCAGUUAUCAGGUGAUGCCUUAGUAUACAUGAAUAUGAAGUUUAUCGAUAAAAAAAGUCCCGAUUUUGAUAAAAAAUAUAAGAGAAAGAGUCGCUUCGUUGACGUAGAUUUCAAUUGUCUGGAUAUAAUGUUAAACUUGCAUACAUGGGUUAUGUUACUGGAUUUCUUUGGUUUGGAUAACGAUGAAACCCACUCAGAUACUCAUAAAAAUUCUUCCUUCAGAAAUGAUUCAAAAGUGGAAAAAAAGAUUGUACCCGAAGCAAAAGAAACAAAUAACUCUGAAUUUUUACUAAAAGUUAAAAGCCUGACAGUUGUACUUAACAAGCAAGAUUACAAGCUGGCCAGUGCUAAUAUUUCAAAUUUCAUGUGUGAUACAUCUAUUCAAGACCAUACUUAUACUAUUAAAGGUACACUCGGAAGUAUAUCACUUAGUGACUUAUCCCGUCAUGGGCAUUUAUAUCCUGAAAAAUUUAUCACUACAGGCAGUGAAGCUUUACAUUUUCACAUUUUCAAAUACAGUCGUCAAUGUUCAGAUAUAAAUACUGACUUUGAUUUGAGUGUCAAAUGCCAAAUGAGUUCUGUUCAGUAUGUUCAUACACAAAGAUUCCUUUCAGAAAUAACAGCUUUUUUCCGACAUUUCAACGAAAUGCAGGAACUGAUUCGAAAAAUUAGGCUUGCUGCUUCUGGGGCUAUUAUUGAUAAUGAAAUAACGAGAGGAUCCCGUAUAUCACUAAAUAUAUCAGCAGAUUCACCAGUUAUUGUGAUUCCACAGUCUUCUUCUAACACUCAUGUUUUGGUUGCAGAUUUAGGGCAAAUAACAGUUCGUAAUGCUUUCUUGAUGUCAGGCACUAAAGGGACUAUUAGUUAUUGCAAGCAGUAUAUGGAUUCCCAUUCCGCAAAUUAUUCUGAAUUUCCUUUUGAUAUUGGCCUGCUCGAGAGCAAGUUUGAGAAAUUUGAGAGGGAUAAACGCAUAUUGCAAAAAGCAGAAAUAACAUCUGAGGAUUUUUCUUGUUUGUUAGAUGUAAUAAAUGUUGAAUUAGCAGAUAUGGAUUUAUAUUCAGCUGUUCGUGCAGAUAGAAGCAAAUCUAAAAAAGGUGAUGUUGAAAACCAGGCAUCAGAAGAUAAAAAAUUAUUUUUCCCAUCAUUCACUAUACAGAAGCAGGGAAAUGAUUUGCUUCAGCAGAAAUUCAUGCUCCAGCUACAAAUAGAAAGGAAUUUAGAUUCUGCUGUUAAUCACUUUGUUCCUGAUUGGGCUGUUGAAGGGGUUGUAUCUUCUGUGUUCGUAACUUUAGAUAAAAAGCAAUACAAGCUUGUAUAUGGUAUACUAAAUCAAAAUUUAGGUGAGCCCUUAGAAGAAUUCACAUUUGAUCUUUGCAAUGAAAGUGACACCUUUGUUAUAGUGAGUACUGAUGACAAACCUUGGACGACAUUAGCUAUUCACAUGGAUUUAGUCAACGUGUCUUUAGAAGUAAUUCGCGAUGGUAUUGCUAAUAAACAAUGCGAAUGCUCAUUAGCCAAGUUUGAUUUUAUAAAAUCAAGGCUUUGCUACGAGUCAUUUUCUGACAACAGUAAGGAUAUCGAUCUAGUGUCCAAUAUGGUACAGGUAUCAGAUAUUCGCUUCAAAGAUGCACCUGUGAAUAAUAGACCAAAUGUAUUCACGAAAAUUUUGCAGCCCACCAAAAAUAAGGAGAAUGUUGGCUCUACCUUACAAGCUGAAAUUCAUUAUCGUGUCGCUCGGGAUCUGACACGAUUCACAGUUCUUCUGAAUAAUAUGAGAAUAAUGAGUGUUUUUGAUUUUCUUCAGUCUGUUCUUGACUUUUUGAAAGUUUCAGAUCUUGAUCCUGGGGAAUCCAGUAUUAACUUGCCAAAGAAAAUUUCUACAAUUUCUACCCCUACUGUGAAAACUCCGGCCAAAACUCAAAAUAAUUUUGAAUUAAAAAUUAAUGUAACAGAUACUGAAUUAGUAGUUCUUGAAGAUACUUCACUAUGGGACAGUAAUGCAGUCAUUGUAAAAGCUACAGCUGUCAUUACUUGGAAAGAAUUUUGCAUUGAUAAGCCACUAUCAUGUAAUUUGCAAAGUUUGGAAGUAUUCUCAUGCAUAUUAGGAGUUGAAGAAGAUACUGCAUUGUCUAUCAUUGAUCCAUUAACUGUCAGCAUAGAAGUUGUUAAUAAACCUGUCUCUGACUUUGUUCAGCAUGUGUUAGAAGUUUCGGCUAUGAAUUUAAAUCUUCGACUUUCUUAUUACGAUAUGACCAUGUUUUUAAAGAUAAUUGAAUCGAUAAAGCGUCAGACUGCUUUCAAUGAAAGCUCAGUUACAUUGUCAAAAUCGAACUGCAUCGAGAACAAAAGUAAUUCCUCUGAUAUCGACAAAUUAGUUACCUUAGGAUUUUCUUCUGCUGACUGUGAAAGAGCUUUAAAUUCAUGUAGAGGUAAUAUUAAUGAUUCUGCAUUAUGGUUAACUCAGUAUGCAACACCUCAGACAGAUAUUUUCCUUCCUGGUCUUGAAGUUGAAUCCUCUUCUGAAUCAGAAGAAAGUUUUAAAUUUGUGAAACUUAAUUCAGCUGAAAUUCGAAUAUCAUCAUGCUGUUUGUGUAUUAUUGAUGAUUGCAGGGAUGCUGAUGUUCCUGUUGUUGAAAUGACACUGUCAGAUGUAGUAUUCACCCAAAAACUGGUUUCUAGUCUUGAAGGUAAUGGAAAUUUCCAUUUUAGUGCUGAUUAUUACAAUCGAGCUCUAUCAGGGUGGGAACCAGUAAUUGAGCCUUGGAAAUGCAAUAUAAAUUGGAAAAUUCUACCAAUACAAUCAAAACCUGGGAGAAAGCUUCAUUGUAACAUUUCUUCUGAUGAUGCCAUUAAUUUCAAUGUUACGUCAGCUUUGAUUGAGCUAUGUAAAACUGUUAAAACUAACUGGACUGAAGAUUAUUUAAAUAUGUGCAGUAAAAAUAAAAAUUCAACUGUAACAGAAAUACAUAGUCCAGGGUGUUAUCGAAGGCGUCUUCCAUUUGUACCAUUUGCUCUGAAAAAUGACACAGGAUGUAAAUUAUGGUUUGCUACUCAAAUAACAUCUGCAGAUCAGCAGUCUUUGAACUUGGAAACUCAAUCCAUGCCAGCACAAAAUAGCAAGUAUGCUUUACAGUGGACUGAAGUUCCUGCUGGUAAUCUCAUCCCUGUUCCAUUUGAAACGAGGACGAAGAUUCGUCACAAAGAUUCUCAUGCGAUGAAGAUCCAUCAAAUUAUUGUAAGAGUUGAUGGGUGGUUACCUGCGGCACCUGUCUCAGUGGACAGAGUGGGAACAUAUUUCCGCCAUGCAAAUCCUCAAAUUAGCCAUUCAGCAUCUGUCUAUACUGAAAGACCAACUGCACGAAUAGUUUGUGUAGUUUCUUUAGAAGGUACAGCUAAAAAACUUAUUACUGUUCAGUCAGCUUUAUUAGCUUGUAAUAAACUUGAUGAAGAUGCUAUUGAAUUGAAGCUUGAAAAUUCUGGUAUGCAGUAUGGCAUUAGAAGCUUGUCCCUAUAUUUAGUACCUCACCAAAUAUUGCCUAUACCUCUAUCUUUUGUGCAUGCCCAAAUAUGGGCUCGACCUGUAGAUAGACAAGUUGCUUUUUGUGAUCACAGUAUUGCUUGGCAGCACAUAACGAAGCCCGAAGAAAUCAAAGGUUCAAUAAAACUAUGUAGCUCUGUUCAGAAAACAAAAGAAUAUUAUAGAUAUUUAGUCUGUGUUAAAAGACGGAAAUUUCCUGCUGAGAAAGAAAGCAAUUUGUCUACUAGUCUACCUACAGUUGUUCAACCUGCUCAUAAAAUAACAUUUUUACCAUGUUUAGAAAUUGUUAAUCUUCUUCCAUAUGAACUUCACUAUACAGUGAAAAACUUGAAUGUGUCCGGGUAUAUAAAGCCUGGGAAAGGAAAACCAUUGCAUAAUGUUGAUGUAAGUCAACAGUUUAUUCUGAAAUUUUUUUUGGAAAAUUUCAAACAUUGCAAAGACAUCAGUUUAUCAGCUACAUCACGUCACUUUCCUUCACGUAUUGAAUUGUAUGACAAUCGUGAUCGUUUACUUGUACUACAAUUAAAGAUAAGAAUGUUGCCUGGAGGAGCUCUGAAACUUUUUGUCACUGCUCCCUUUUGGCUUGUGAACAAAACCGGACUUCCUCUGAUAUUCAAACAAGAAGGCACUGGAAUUGAAGCAGCUGGGCAAUUUGAAGAGCACGAGCUUGCUCGAUGCAUGGCGCCACUUUUAUUUUCUUUUGCUGACAGGGAUGCGAGUUCAUUGUGCAAUAUGCGUGUUGGAAGAUCCUUGCAUCUUGAUGGAGUUCCUCAGUGGAGUACUAGAUUUGAUAUGGAAGAAGGCAUUCGAGUUCGCAGGCUUCAUGUAGCUAGGAAAGAUUCAAGACCGGAUUUGGUGUAUAACAUAGGCAUAAAUGUUCGUGUUGGUAGGGGUCGUUAUAGAAACACUUACAUUGUAACUUUAUCUCCAAGGUAUCAGUUAGACAAUAGAACUAGUCACAAAUUAGAAUUUUGCCAGUACUUUGCAACAAAAGACAAUAGACAAUUUUUACUUUCUGCAAUGCCCAAGUCAAGCCUUCCAUUUCACUGGCCUCGUAUUGAUUUAGAUAAUUUGCUUUGUGUCCGUCAACCUGAUAUUGAUGAUUGCAAUUGGUCUGGCGGUUUUUCCAUAGAUAAUAUCAAAUCGUUUCAUAUCAACAUGCGAGAUGGAUUUGGUAAAUCAAAUUUCUUAAGGGUAGAAAUAGUGUCACAAAAUGCUACAUUUUUUAUAGUUUUUACCGAUGCUGAUCGAUUACCUCCACCAUUUAGAAUAGAUAAUCUGUCCGAGGUUCCUAUCACGUAUUACCAAACAAAUGUCGAGCAAGAACGUUUAAAAACUACUAUAAAGCCUAACACAUCUGUUCCUUAUGCUUUCGAUGAGCCCACUCUUCCUCCAUAUAUAACAUGCUGUGCGCCUGGAGGUUCGGCUGCAACUUACAAUAUGAACAUAUUUAGCGAAGGAAAUCAAUUAUUUUAUGAGAAUUUUAUUUACAUCAUUUUUACUGGUACAUUUGAGAGCAAUGAUUUCCUAACAGAACCAACUCAUAAUCUGUCUAAGAAAGAAUAUGUUUUAGAUGUACCUUUUGGAUCUAAAGUGGUAAUCAAUAAAAGGGAAGCAGGAAAGCGAUCGCAACUGUGGCGAAUGACUAGCACAGGGAUGUUGCAGCAUGAAGGUUCCAGUCCUCCCCGAGACCCACACAAACCAAACGCAUCAAAUGAAAGCAAAAUGCUUGUUUUAGAUAUUGCAGCACUUGGAGCUCAGCCUGGAGAAUUCAUUCCCCUUAUGUUGAGAAAACCAGACCCAAGAAGACAGCACACUCAAACUUGGAAGUUUACAGCUGAUGGUCGCCUUUGCUGUGGUUAUCCAAAUUUGUAUGUACAGGCAAAGGAUGGUUUCAAAGGUCUCCGUCGAGGAAAUGAUGUGGUACUUGGCCCCUCUCUCCCAGUGAGUUUUUUCACUUUGAAAAAUGGCAUUCCUUUGGAACAAGCAAUUUCACGGAUGAAACUAAGGGGUGGGUCUGGUGUUUUGACAGUGAAAGUGGUACCAGAUGGACCAACUUGUGUUCUCCAAAUAAGCGAUAUACAGAAGCAGACAAUGACAGUCAGAUCAUCGCCUGCUACUGAUUGGGUAGUUGUCGAAGAGCAAAAAAGCAAAACCAAUCAUAAUUUUCAGCAAAAUCUUGACAGUUCAAAUCAUGAUUCCAGUGCUGCUAAUAAUAACAUUGAAGUUGUAAUAAAUCUCAAGUUUUCUCGAGGAUUAGGUUUGUCACUGGUUAAUCAUCUUAGUGAAGAACUCAUAUAUGUUUGGCUUCAUAAUAUCACUGUUGAAUAUACUAGAGCAUCAAGUCUUCACACUCUUUGUGGAAGCAUAAAAGACAUUCAAAUUGAUAAUCAACUUAGAGGGGCAGAAAAACCUGUUGUAUUAUACAUCACUCCAAGUGGGAAAUCUGAUGAUCAGAGACAUUUGCCUGCUUUGCAUUUUACUGUUCAAAGGAUGUCAACUCCUCUUAUUAAUGCAGAAAUAUUUAAACAUUUUAUUGUGACCAUAAAGAAUUUAACAAUUUUGCUUGAAGAAAGAUUAUUGUUAAAACUGUAUCAGUUUGCUGGCGUUUACCUCACUGAAAGUGAAGUUGAAAAAAUGGAUGAAAGUGAAAAUAAUCAAAGUCAAAAGAGCCUCACAGAAACUAUGGCAUAUGAGAAAAGGUACUAUUUUAGUACAUUGAAGCUUUGCUUAGAGCAAAUUAAACUGAGUGUUCUUACAAGCGUAAAUCUCCAACCUGAUUUGCUUCAACUGAAGAGAAAAAAAGGGCUUCGGUUGAUAAGGUUUGAAGAUGCAACUAUUGAGCUAGAUUCCUAUGUGAGGGUGUAUCCUUUUGAGACUGCUGAGUUUUUGAUUCAUAAUAUUGUCGAUCAUUACAAGGAAGAGUUGAAAAGUCAAGCUGCUAAAAUUCUGGGUGCUGUCGAUUUUCUUGGCAACCCACUAGGUUUGAUGAAUGAUGUUUCUGAUGGUAUUUCAAAGCUUAUCCAUGAAGGCAAUGUUGGUGGGCUCAUAAAAAACGUUACUCAUGGAUUGUCCGAUUCUGCUGCGAAGAUUUCUGGUACAUUAUCUGAUGGUCUUGGAAUGGUGGCGAUGGAUGAUAAGCAUCAGAAAAUGCGGAAACAAAUUAGACAGCAAAGUACAGCUGCUGGAAAUGACCAUUUGAUGACUGGCCUUAAAGGAUUAGGUUUUGGAAUUUUAGGAGGUGUUACCAGUGUAUUUACUCAGACAUAUGAAGGUGCAGUUCAGGAAGGAGUUCAGGGCUUUUUCUCUGGGCUAGGUAAAGGGAUUGUUGGAACAGUGGCCAAACCUGCUGUAGGCUUUCUUGACUUUGCAUCAGGAGCUGCAAGUGCAGUACGAGAUACAAGUAAGGGCAACAGUGACACAGUAAUAUGUCGAAUAAGGCCUCCUAGAAUAUGUGUGGGACCUGGAGGUUUAUUACCCAGAUAUUCAUUUCAGCAAGGUUUGGGACAGGAAUUUCUGUACACCUUAAACAACCAAGAUUAUACUGAACUAUUCAUUGCCAAAGAACAGAUACGAUCAGGUUCAGAAGAUUUGCAUGCUCUUAUCUCAAGUGAACAAAUUUAUUUCCUGAGUAGUGGAUCCCCACCUUCAAGCAACGUAGUCCUUACUGUUCCUUUUGCCGAUUUAUAUAAAUGUUGUUAUACUUUCUCGGAAGCUGGAGUGGUUGGGGAUGUGAGACACUAUUUGCAGUUGGUCAUGAAGGCAGAUAAUUCACCCGGAUCUGUGAUAGUGCCCAACGAGCAAGGAAGGAGGCAUUCCAGAACCCUUUCAACUGAAGCAGUUUACAAAAAGCCACAAGUGAGAUGCGAUUCAGAUGAUGUUGCACGAAAGGUAGCAAUGCAAAUAAACUAUGCGAAAAGUCUUCAUGAAGAAAGAACAUAUAUGGUGAUGAAUGAUGAUGAAAGUGAUGAGGAAAAAGAAUAAUGCAAUGUAUAUAUGCAAUUGUACCUGUUUAAAUAUGAGAUGUUUAUUUAUUCAAAGCUGUAUAAAUAUUGAAAAGUUGUUUACUAUUGUAUAAUAUAUUUGUAAAAAGUAAAGAUCCUAAUAAAUAUAUAUCUACA